AUGGCCAAUUUUUGGCCUCAUCUAGUUUUUGCUUUGGCGUUUUGCUUGAUAGCCAGUAAUGUAGCUGCAGACGACAAGCCUUACAUUUAUGCAUCUCCACCUCCACCACCGUAUUACCAGCAUGAGUAUCCACCUUACCACUACAAAUCACCACCAUCACCCUCUCCAUCACCACAUUCUCCAUACUACUAUAAGUCCCCACCACCCCCAUCACCAUCUCCUCCACCUCGUUACUACUACAAGUCUCCACCUCCUCCAUCUCCCUCUCCGCCACCACCUUACUACUACAAAUCACCACCUCCACCUUCUCCUUCACCACCACCUCCUUAUUUCUAUAAAUCACCACCGCCACCAUCUCCAUCUCCUCCACCUCCCUACUAUUACAAGUCACCACCUCCUCCAUCACCAUCACCUCCCCCUCCUUAUAUUUAUAAAUCACCACCACCACCUUCACCAUCACCACCACCUCCUUACAUUUACAAGUCUCCCCCUCCUCCAUCUCCAUCACCUCCUCCUCCUUAUGUUUAUAAGUCUCCACCUCCUCCAUCACCAUCACCUCCCCCUCCUUACAUUUACAAAUCCCCACCACCACCAUCUCCCUCACCUCCACCACCGUAUGUUUACAAAUCCCCACCACCUCCAUCUCCUUCACCUCCUCCGCCUUACAUCUACAAAUCACCCCCACCACCUUCACCAUCACCACCUCCUCCAUAUGUUUAUAAAUCCCCACCUCCUCCAUCACCAUCACCUCCCCCUCCUUACAUUUACAAAUCUCCACCACCACCAUCUCUCUCACCUCCACCUCCGUAUGUUUACAAAUCCCCACCUCCUCCGUCUCCUUCACCUCCUCCUCCUUACAUCUACAAAUCACCACCACCACCUUCACCAUCACCACCACCUCCAUAUGUCUACAAAUCCCCACCUCCUCCAUCACCAUCACCUCCCCCUCCUUAUAUUUACAAACCUCCACCACCACUAUCUCCAUCUCCACCUCCUCCAUAUGUCUACAAAUCCCCACCACCACCUUCUCCAUCCCCACCACCACCAUCUCCAUCACCUCCUCCUCCAUAUGUCUAUAAGUCUCCACCACCACCUUCUCCAUCACCUCCCCCACCUUAUUACUACAAAUCCCCACCACCACCAUCUCCCUCACCCCCUCCACCCUAUUACUACAAGUCUCCACCUCCGCCUUCUCCAUCACCACCACCUCCAUACUAUUACCUAGUGAAAUGGCCUAAAACCAAUGUCACACCCGGCAGUUUCAUUUCUCCAAUCAUAAUCACUUUGUUCAUAACCAAGAGCAAGCCGCCAGAAAUGGCCAAUUUCUGGCCUCACCUAGUUUAUAUCCUGGCAUUGUUCUUGAUAGCCACCAAUGUAGCUGCCGACGACAAGCCUUACAUUUAUGCCUCUCCACCUCCACCAACAUAUCAUGCUUACAAAUCUCCACCUCCCCCUUAUCGCCAGUAUCCACCAUACCGCUAUAAAUCACCACCACCACCGGAGCUUUCACCUCCACCAUACUAUUAUAAAUCUCCACCACCUUAUCGUUACAAGUCUCCACCUUCCCCAUCCCCAUCUCCUCCACCUCCUUACCAAUACAAGUCUCCACCUCCUCCAUCUUUGUCACCUCCACCUCCUUACUACUAUAAGUCACCACCACCACCUUCUCCCUCACCACCACCUCCUUACAUUUAUAAAUCACCACCACCUCCAUCUCCAUCACCACCACCUCCUUAUGUCUAUAAGUCUCCACCUCCACAUUCUCCAUCACCACCACCUUCUCCAUCGCCACCACCUCCGUAUGUCUAUAAGUCUCCACCUCCACCUUCUCCAUCACCACCUCCUCCUUAUGUGUACAAAUCCCCACCACCACAUUCUCCAUCACCACUACCUCCUUAUGUCUAUAAGUCUCCACCUCCACCUUCUCCAUCACCACCACCUCCUUAUGUGUACAAAUCCCCACCACCACCUUCUCCAUCACCACCACCUCCUUAUGCGUACAAAUCCCCACCACCACCUUCCCCAUCACCACCACCUCCUUAUGUAUACAAAUCCCCACCACCACCUUCUCCAUCGCCACCACCUCCUUAUGUCUAUAAGUCUCCACCUCCACCUUCUCCAUCACCACCACCUCCUUAUGUGUACAAAUCCCCACCACCACCUUCUCCAUCACCACCACCUCCUUAUGUGUACAAAUCCCCACCACCACCUUCACCAUCACCACCACCUCCUUAUGUCUAUAAGUCUCCACCUCCACCUUCUCCAUCACCACCACCUCCUUAUGUGUACAAAUCCCCACCACCACCUUCUCCAUCACCACCACCUCCUUAUGUCUAUAAGUCUCCACCUCCACCUUCUCCAUCACCACCUCCUUAUGUGUACAAAUCCCCACCACCACCUUCUCCAUCGCCACCACCUCCUUAUGUCUAUAAGUCUCCACCUCCACCUUCUCCAUCACCACCUCCUCCUUAUGUAUACAAAUCCCCACCACCACCUUCUCCAUCGCCACCACCUCCUUAUGUCUAUAAAUCACCUCCACCACCUUCUCCAUCACCACCACCUCCUUACGUAUACAAAUCCCCACCACCCCCAUCUCCAUCACCGCCUCCUCCUUACAUCUAUAAAUCACCACCACCCCCAUCCCCAUCUCCACCUCCUCCAUAUAUGUACAAAUCCCCACCACCUCUAUCCCCAUCACCACCUCCUCCAUACGUCUAUAAAUCCCCGCCACCACCCUCUCCAUCACCUCCACCUCCUUACAUUUACAAGUCCCCACCACCUCAAUCUCCAUCACCGCCACCUCCUCCACCUUCCCCAUCACCUCCUCCACCUUAUUAUUAUAAAUCACCAGCAACACCAUCUCCAUCUCCCCCUCCUCCCUACUAUUACAAAUCCCCACCCCCUCCUUCUCCAUCACCUCCACCACCGUAUUAUUACAGCUCCCCUCCACCUCCAUCCCAUUAUGCUCCAUGUGAAUCUCAGACAUUUGUACUACAUAUUGAAUCUCAUUAUUUUAUACCUUAA